CUCCUUUGGCCCUCUGUGCAUCGUGUCUGCUGUCAGUCUUGUGUGAUUCUGUUAUAAUGUCGAGUCCUCCCCUCCUCCUCUCCGAUGCUACGAUCAAGGUUCGCACCCUUUUCAAUGCUCUGCAAUCUCGCCUCCAGUCUUCUGCCCGUGUCGAUAUACCUUCUCAUUCAAUUCAAAAAUGCUACGAGACUCCUGAUGCGGAGGCAUUACCAGUUCUAGAAGAGGGUUCUCUGCUGGGAGAUGCUUUGGAAAAAGGCGGUGUUGACUUGUUGGACAAUUGGUGGAUGACUGCGAUCCAUACGAGACCUUGCCCAGAUGCCUUUGUCAACGCCAUAUAUAUUCAUUACUUCAACUCCAAAGAUGGAGUCAUUGUUGUCUGGGAUGUUGAUAAAGAAUGCGACAUGAAUGCGAGUAUUGACAGGCUGCAAUGGUCAGACCUAUUGUUUCAGCAUUGGCAGCAAUUCUGCAUUUGUCAAGAUGGUGCAGUUUGGGGUCUUCGCUUCCUCGCAGUUAAGCACGUCCAGAACCCAGAUACCAGUUCUGUGCUCAGUUCAAUUCUGGGUAGUACCAAUGACCAAGAUACAGUGCAAAAAACUUUCCGACCAGGGCACGAGAGCUUUUUCGCACUUCUUGGUACACCAAAUCUCAAAGGUGUUGUCCGUAUGUUGACGGAGCAUUGUGCAGGUAUUGGAUAUAAGAAUAUCCACAGCAUACAAGUCUUGAAGCAACGGAACGCCGCUUUUGAUUUUCUUCUGGCCUUAGAGCAGGCACCUAUUCCAAAUGAGCGCCGUCCAUCCGUUCAGGAACCAGAUCUUCGCCAAGGAAGGAAGAAGAACCAGCUCAGCAAGAGCAAGCAGAAGCGACUCGAGAGGAGAGCUUAA